CCCGCCGCGCAUGGGCCCGCCCAGCCGAGUGGCCAUGUUGCGGCGGCCGCCCAGCGGGGGCAGAGCGCGAGCGGCGGCGGCGGCGGCGGCGCAGCGCGGGGAUGGCCGUGGCGGUGGGGAGACCCGCGAAUGACGAGCUUCGAAACCUGUCCCUCUCCGGUCAUGUGGGCUUUGACAGUCUUCCAGAUCAGCUGGUCAACAAAUCAACCUCUCAAGGGUUCUGCUUCAACAUUCUUUGUGUUGGUGAAACCGGCAUUGGCAAGUCAACUUUAAUGGACACUCUGUUUAACACAAAGUUUGAAAGUGACCCAGCCACCCACAACGAGCCCGGUGUGAAGUUGAAAGCAAGAAGCUAUGAACUCCAGGAGAGCAACGUCCGUCUGAAGCUGACCAUUGUUGACACAGUUGGAUUUGGAGAUCAGAUUAAUAAAGAUGACAGCUAUAAGCCCAUAGUCGAAUAUAUCGACACUCAGUUUGAAGCCUAUCUGCAGGAGGAACUGAAGAUCAAGCGUUCCCUGUUUAAUUACCAUGACACAAGGAUUCACGCCUGCCUAUAUUUCAUCGCACCUACGGGACACUCACUGAAGUCUCUAGACUUGGUCACCAUGAAGAAGCUCGACAGUAAGGUUAACAUUAUCCCUAUAAUAGCCAAAGCUGAUACGAUUGCAAAAAACGAGUUGCAUAAAUUCAAGAGUAAAAUCAUGAGUGAGCUGGUCAGCAAUGGUGUCCAGAUCUAUCAGUUCCCCACAGAUGAAGAGACAGUGGCUGAGAUAAAUGCUACAAUGAGUGUCCAUCUUCCAUUUGCUGUUGUUGGCAGUACUGAAGAAGUGAAGAUUGGCAAUAAGAUGAGCAAGGCCAGGCAGUAUCCAUGGGGGGUUGUGCAGGUUGAAAAUGAAAACCAUUGUGACUUUGUGAAGCUGCGUGAGAUGUUGAUCCGAGUGAACAUGGAGGACUUGAGAGAGCAGACGCACACCCGGCACUAUGAAUUGUACAGGCGCUGUAAGCUAGAAGAAAUGGGAUUCAAAGACACUGACCCUGAUAAUAAACCAUUCAGUCUCCAAGAGACCUAUGAAGCGAAGAGGAAUGAAUUCCUGGGUGAGCUACAGAAGAAGGAGGAAGAAAUGAGACAGAUGUUUGUCAUGAGAGUGAAGGAGAAAGAAGCAGAGUUGAAAGAAGCGGAAAAAGAUCUCCAUGAAAAGUUUGACCAUCUCAAGCGGACACACCAAGAAGAGAAGAAAAAAGUGGAAGACAAAAAGAAGGAACUUGAGGAGGAGCUGAGCAACUUCCAGAAGAAGAAGGCAGCCACUCAGCUACUACAGUCACAGGCUCAACAGGCUGGUUCCCAACAAACCAAGAAAGACAAGGACAAGAAAAAUGCAAGCUUCACAUAAAGCCUGGCAAGCCAAGGAUGUUCCUGCAUUCACCUGCUUUUGCAGUAAUGUGUCUCUGACAUCUGUUUGGUUUUUGUUUUUGUUUUAAACACAAAUAACUAUUAACUCAUUUAAUAAUGGAGUGGGUGGGAGAAAGGUGGAUGAAGCAGUGAGCAUCUGGAAAUUGAGUGUGGGGGGAAGGAGAGGGGUGUUCUUGUUUGAAAAGUUGAUGCCAUUUCUCUCUCUGGUAAGAACAGUAGCAAUAGAUCAGACCUGCCACUUGGCUUUGAAUUGAGAGCAAGACUUGUGCGUCACUGGCUUGAUCCAAGGGCACUUAAAGACAUCGGAAGGGUUUCAGGAUCAGGCCUUAAAUGCUGCUGUUACUCGUUUGCACACACUGCUCUCAACAGGCCAAACUGUGAUUCCCUUUACUCGCACUGAAUAGCACGAGUGCUCCCAUGGAAAUCUGGGGGUUUAGUUAUGAGUGAGUUACUAUUCAAUGUGAAUAAAAUCCAAUGCAGACUUAGCCAGAGUCUCCCCAGUGUAUUGCUAAACCCAGAAGUCCACUUAAAUGAGUGUUUCUUUGAUAGCUUGACUUGUAAGACUGUAGAAAUCCCAUUGUUAGGUUUUUGUGUGUGUAGGUAUCAAAAGAGCAACUGACCUUGCAUGCUUUUAUUCUUGCAUGACUUUUUUACCUUAUGGAUAAUGACUUUUGGCCUGGCUUUUUGUUAUUCACGCAAGAGGUUAAAUAUUUUUGCAAUAACUCUUUUCUCUAUUAAGCGUUGUGGCUAACCACUAAAAGCUGUGCAGUGUGCAGCAAAAGGAGCUGCAAAUUCCCAAGACAGGAGGUUCUCCUCCCCCCCGCCCCAAUUGCUUUGAAAUCAAGAGUCCCCCAUCAAAAACUAACCAGGUGACUGAAUCCCAUCCCAAAACUUGAAUACACUUUCCACAGAUUGCCUGAGUAAAAGUGUCACCCCUCCACACUUCGUUGAUUCCUGUAGGGCCCCAUCCAGCAAACGCAUAAGCACAAGAGUAACUUUACUCAUGCAAUAUAGUUCAGUUGACUAUAGUAGGAGUCCUUACAGGAGUAAAUUUUUGCACAUGCUUAUUUGGUUGCAGGAUCAGUCUUGGAACAUAGUGUCUUCUGUUGGUAAGUGCCAGUGAACCAUUAAAGGAGUUAAUUAAAACUCCAUUAACUUCAGUUUCUCUGGGCUCCUAAAGUGGAGAAUAUAACUGUUCACUUUCUUUACCGGGCUAAGAUAUAGCUAUCUUGCUUGACAAAGGCAUAAUAAAGGUAACAUCAAUGCACUGAUCAGCUCUGCGCAGCCGGCUAAGGCUUGGGAUGCAAACAAUAGUUUGCAUUAAAAAACGGUGACUGAACAUCUAGCAUAAGCCAGGCCUUUUUUUAGGGCGUACUUGGUGUGAAAAUUGACCUGUUUGUGUUUUCUAUGCCAUUCCUUUUUGGACAGAGUCUUUUCUCCUUUCUGAUACAUUCCAAGAAGUGGCGACCCAUGUUUACUCUCUGACUUCUGGAUUUUUUUCUCUACUGCUGCUGAUCUGCCAGCUUCCCCUAUGCUCCUAGCUAGGUAGUCUCCUGUUUCUUUCUUUAAAGCACUCUUGAAAUUAACCCUCUUCACUUGAUCCCACACAUUCCAACUUUGCUUGUUUCUACCCAAGCACAGGGGUCAUGUAACUACAGUCACAAAGGCAGGUUUGUGGGGGGUUAUUUUGUUCUCUUUUCCACCCAUCCCGCACUGCAUAAACAUGGCUCUUAGGGAGGGGAAAGGGUGGCUGGACAAACUGCAUAAAUUUAAGCAGAGGAAAAGCAGGGAAGAAACUUUUGAAAUUCAAGCUAAGUUGUCAUGUGAACACAAUCAUUGGAAGGACCGACAGUCGCAGUAGCCAGGUUAAAUAGCAGUAAAAAUCUAAGAUCCUUGCAGUUUUGCUUCAGCUUAACCUUAAAAACUCACUUGGUAUUGAACACAUGAAACCAGUUUCCUAACCAUGGGCUGCAUUUGAUCAUGCAAUAUGCUCAAGUUUGAAGCUUGUGUAGUGUGCUUCCAUUAGCUGUGUCUGUGCGUGUCCUAUUUUUAAUUAACACGCGUGGGGGUUUUUUGUGCCUGGUAAGAGAAUUUAAUUUUAACAUUAGUUUCUCCUGCUCAGUUUAAAAACCCUUUCAAGGGAAGCUUGGCAGAGAAAAUUAGCAGAGACUAGGUAUUUUUAUUUUGGACACAAAGCUGUUGCCAAAUGUAUUAAAUGCUGGGGGGAGGGAUUGGUUUGUUUCUCUUUUUAGCAAAACAAAACAAAAAAAACCAUCUUUUUUGGAGAAGCUGGGAAUAAAAUUUAAAUUUAAUUAUUCCUCCCCCCCCCCAUGGCACACUAACUUUUAAAAAUCCCUGGGCCAUGUUUAGCUUGUUACUGCUGCACUUCUCUUUCCUUUCUGUAUCUAUGCCUUUUUUCACAGUAGUCCCUGGCUCUGCAUGGAAUAAGUGAUACCCUCAAAUCUAGUUGGAUGUGCUUUCUUUCACCUUCGCAUGUAAGUACAGCAGCAAGAGACCUCUCUGCCCACUUUUGAAAUGAAUGAAAGUUGACUUUUCCACAAGUGGCAAUGCUGAGGGGUUUUUAAAAACUUUUAUUAAACAAUAACCAUCUUCAGCUGGGAUUUUCAAAGGAGCCAAAGGGAGUUAGGCACCAGCUCCUAUUGGCUAUGAGGGACCCCUAACUCAUUUGAAAAUUCCAGUUUAAGGUAGCGUUAGCUUUUGAUGACAGCUACGUAACCCUAAAUCUUGCUUGUGAGGAUCUGCAAACGGUAGGAUGUUUAAACAGCAAUGACUAGUCACUGAUAAUGCUGCAUUUCCCAGAGGUGCUGGGAUGUCCAUUAGGAUGUUAUAAAUGAGCAGCAACAAACAAUGGAGAGUGCAGAUCUGCGCAUUAAAGCACUCCCUGGAUGUGAAGUAAAACCCAUAGGCCAAGUCUGAAUGACAUACUGGCCACCUGGGGAAGAGCGAUACUUGUUCCAAAAUGCACUGUUGUGAGUAUUGGGGAUUGACUUUCAAAAGCACAGAUUAGGCACCUGAUUCCCACUGACUUGACAUCUCCUCGGUUAUAAAGGGGUCGUUGUUCAAGAGUGCUCAAUAUUGGCCUCACUGCUCCUCUUUAAAUCCAUGGGGAAACUCCCCUUCAUGCUUUAAGGAACAGAGUUAGGCCAACUCUGAGGGCUCUAGAAAAUCCCACUUUGUAUAAAAGAACCUUGAUUGUGCUUAUCCUCAGUGGUAAUUAUGGUGACCUGAGUAUAUCCAAUCAUGCCCAGAGUUAUAAAACAAAACCAAAUGUUACCAUUGGACCAAAAUGCAUGUCAUCUUUGUGGCUGAUGGGAAAGGGGGAAUUACAAGGUAUUGCACUCAGUGGCCUCUCCAGGCCAGAAUUUGAACCAGCUAGUGAAAACUGGCCAUGAUGCUGAUCUGCAGAAUGCAUCCUCUCAGUUGCCAAGCCAGACUCUGUGUUCCUAGCUCCUGGGAGAUUUCCUAAAUACAAGAUCACUUAUCCUUUUGCUGCCUUGUAUAUUAUAACCCUGUCAAGAAGACUUUUGUAUUUGUCUUUUAAAAAAAAAAAAAAAAAAGCCUUAUUUUAUUUAACACAAUCAAUGGUUAUGUUUUCAAGUAGUUCAUUCUACUUUUAAACUGUUGUGAUGAAAUACAGCAAUGUCUUGUGUGUUAUCAAAUCUGUCCAUUUGAAUCAUGUUGUGAUUUGCCAUUCUCAAGGUGUCAAACAGCUUAUUCCUGUCAUAUCCUUUCUCCAAGGAGCCCAACUGCAUUUACAGUAUAUAUCAUCGAUGAGGCCCUAAGGGCCAGGGUGUGACAGCAUGGGAUUAUACAAAUAUGAAGGGUGUUUUUUUAAACUUACUGAAAAUAAAGCUGUGAACAGCAGUAGGAAUAUUUUGUGUACUUACUUUUAAAUAAAUGCCGAUGGCCUUAAACUAGAGGUGUAGAACAUUGUUACCUUGCUCUUUGAAAAUAACCCAUGUUUUUGUCCAAAUGAUUGUAUACCAUCAGCCAGUGUUAAUGCAGAAUUAUACAUGUAUGCCUCUUAGAUGUCUUACUGAUGUCAAAGUACUUCAUUUGUGAAGUUCAAAAUGAAUCAUAGCCUUCCACCAUAGUUCAGUUCCUUUUUUUGUAUGUGCUCUGGGGGUGCAAAUGUGAAAUAAUGCCAACACACAAAGCGGGACAGGGGCAAUAUAUUUUUACCCAGACACU